UGAGGAUAUGACCUAAUGGGAAACUACAGCUGCCCCCCUCAACCCACCCCCUCGCUUGUUCCCAAUACCCCAUGGCUUACAGCUUCAUCUUCCCCUCCAGAUUGAAACCAGCCCCUUAAGCCUCCACUCUGCACUCUUGGCACUGGCCCUCGUUUCCCUUUCCUUUCUCUGGUAUUGCCAGUCUCCCCAGCACCUUUGUGCCCACCCUCUCAGGGAGGUGCCUCUGGGUAGCCCGCCCCACCGGCCUGGUUUCCUCAGGAAAAGCCUUGGGAGGAAACAGGGAGGGGGUUGGGAGCUGUGGGGGCCAGACUGACUCCAACCCGCUUGCUGCGCUGGCCGCCAUGGGGCCUCGGCUGCUGCUCCCACUGCUACUGCUCUGGACUCAGGGGACCCAGGGGUCUGAGCUGGACCCUAAUGGGCAGCAUGUCUGCAGGGCCAACAGCCCCUCUGCUGAGCUCCAGUGCUGCCCAGGCUGGAGGCAGAAAGAUCAAGAGUGCACCAUUCCCAUCUGCGAGGGGCCUGACGCCUGCCGGAAAGACGAAGUGUGCGUGAAACCAGGCCUCUGUCGAUGCAGACCUGGAUUCUUCGGGGCCCAGUGCAACUCCCGCUGCCCGGGCCAGUACUGGGGCCCCGACUGCCGCGAGAGCUGCGCCUGCUACCCCCAUGGCCAGUGUGAGCCGGUCACUGGUGUGUGCCGCUGCCAGGCCAACCGCUGGGGCAGCCGCUGCGAGUUCGAGUGCUCUUGCAGCCCUCAUGGGCGUUGCGACCCGAAGACCGGCGCCUGCUACUGCGAGCCCGGCUGGUGGUCGACCAAGUGCCACCACCGGUGCCAAUGCAAAGUGGGGGUGCGCUGUGAUCAGAACACCGGCUCCUGCCUGUGUGAGGCGGGCUGGUGGGGCCGCCGCUGCAGCUUCCCCUGCGAUUGCAACGGCUCGCCUUGUGUGCAGGAGUCGGGCCGCUGCAUCUGCCUGCCUGGCUGGUGGGGCCGCGAGUGCCGGCAGCAGUGCGAGUGCGUGCGCGGCAGCUGCAGCCCAGCCUCCGGCCAGUGCUCCUGUCCGCCCGGCUUCCGCGGCGCGCGCUGCGAGCUGCCCUGCCCGGCAGGCCGCUACGGGACGCAGUGCAGCCACCGCUGCGGCCACUGCAAGCAGAAUGAGCCAUGCUCUGCGGACACGGGCAGCUGCGAGUCCUGCGAGUCCGGCUGGAACGGGACCCAGUGCCUCCAGCCCUGCCCACCUGGCACCUUUGGCGAGAGCUGUGGGCAGCAGUGCCCCCACUGCCGGCUUGGGGAGACCUGUCAGGCAGACACUGGACACUGUCAGAGCUGUGACCCUGGCUGGCUGGGGCCCAGGUGUGAAGACCCCUGUCCGAGCGGCACCUUUGGGGAGGGCUGUGGCUCAACCUGCCCCACCUGUGUCCAGGGGGCUUGUGAUGCUGCGACUGGGGAAUGCGUCUGCAACGCUGGCUACUGGGGACCCGGCUGCAAUGUUUCCUGCCCAUCUGGCUUCUAUGGAAGCAACUGCUCUGUUCCCUGUGAAUGCCCAGGGGGACCCUGCCACCCUGUCUCUGGGGCCUGCCAGCUGGGGCCUCACAGCCAGGAUGCAGCCCUCAUUGUUGGCAUUCUCGUGCCUCUGCUGCUGCUCCUCCUUGGCUUUGCCUGCUGUGCCUGCUGCUGCUGGGCUGCCCGCUUGGACCCCAAGGACAGGGCAGCGAGAGAUGGAGCUGCUGUGUCCAGGAUGAAGCUCCAGGUCUGGGGGGCGCUGACCAGCCUGGGCUCCACACUGCCCUGCAGUUCCCUCAGCAGCCACAAGCUUCCCUGGGUGACAGUCUCCCACCACGACCCGGAGAUCCCCUUCAACCACAGCUUCAUUGAGCCGCCCUCUGCCGGCUGGGCCUCGGACGACUCCUUCUCUUCUGAUUCCGCGUCUGGAGAGGAGGAUGAGGGUCCUGCCUACUGUGUGCCACCCCAAGAAGGAAUAGUCCCUGUGGCCCAAGCAGAGUCGCCAGAGGCCAGCCUGGUUGGAGGUCCCUUCCCUCUCCCUGAGGAUGCCUCCACACCAUUCGCCAUCCCGCGCACCUCCAGCCUAGCACGGGCCAAGCGACCAUCAGUCUCUUUUGCUGAAGGGACGAAGUUUGCACCGCAGAGUUGCCGGAGCUCAGGGGAGCUCUCCAGCCCGCUCAGAAAGCCCAAGCGGCUCUCCCGGGGGACCCAGCCAGGUCCUGAAAACCAGGAGGCUGAGGAAUCCACAGGCCCUGAGCUAGCAGAUGGGGACAAAGCGCCUCCUGGAGCUGCCAGCCCCAGGGAUUCAGCCAGUGGGCACCGCCGGCUUCCAUUUGGUGGCCGGACAGUGGCUGAGCGUGUGGAAGCCAUUGAAGGCAGCGUCCAGGAAAGCUCAGGCUCCAUAACCACGAUCUACAUGCUGGCAGGGACGCCCCAGGAAUCUGAGGGCCCAGUCCGGUCUGUCCUCCGCCGUUUUGGUAGCUUCCAGAAAGGCCAGGCAGGGCCCAAGAUCAAGAGUGCCAUCCCCAAGCCUCCACGUCGGGCACUGAGCCGGAACAAGGGCAGCUCCGGGGUGGCCUCUGGCUCUGCCACUCAGAGCCCUGGCUCAGCCACAAAUGAGGAGCUCGCUGGGGCUUUGGAGUCUGCAGGAACCGGGCCAGAAGUGUCCAGAGGACCGAGGGAUGGCAUCAAGAGCUCAGGGAGGGUCCAGGAGCCAGCCCCCGAGGGUGGUCCCCCAGAACAGGAGCCCCAGAAGCUGGCUGAUGAGGAAGGGCAGGAGGAGCCCCAGUAUGAGAAUGUUGCACCCAUCUCUGGACCACCAGAGCCCUGAGGACCGUGAAUUUGGGGAGUGGGAAGACUGGAUAGGGGGCUAGGCAUCCAAACUGCCCUUGCAUCAGACUGUUUUGUGCUGAAAAAAGGCCCCAGGGCCAGGACAGGCCCUCCGCCCGUCUGCGGGGAAGUGUCCGAGGUGGAGGCCAGCUGGCUGUGGGCCCUGGCAGCGCUCCGGGGAUGGUCUGGAAAGCCUGGGCAGAGACCCUGUGGGACGGGGUCAGGAAGGGGAAGACAGGGGCUUUUUCUCUGCUGUCCUGGACUCUGUUUGCCCCAAAAGGCGAUGCUUUCCUUCAUUUGCAAAAUAUCUUUCUGAAAUGGGAAACAACCUAAAUAUUUGAAGACUGGUUAAAGGUUUUUUCUUAACGAUAGGUUCUUAACCAGCCAUGAAAAAUUAUGUUGUGCGAGAAUACUCAGUAUGGCGGGGGGGGUCUGUGCUAUACCAUUACGUGUAAAACUAAGUGUUCUUUUUACAAAUUACAUUUCUUUUUGUGUCAGGAUACAUGUUUAGAAUUCUUAUUUUUGUGUAUAUUUUGUGAUUGUUUUACAAACUUUUUUUAAAAGGAUGUAAGCAUAUAGUUUCAAAGGAAAGGUGUCAGUCAAAUGACAUUUUUCUCUCAGAUGAGAUUGAUCUUUUUAAACUUUUGUAUAAUUUGCAAAUGUUUUUACUUUCUCACUAGAUUUUUUAAAAAAGCAAUAUUCUUUGUUAAAAAUAAAUAGGACUAACAUCACAGACAUGUAUGAAGUAAAAAUAAGAUUUCCCUCCUCCCCAGAGGAGGCUGGGGCACCAGGGAGGGGCCAGAUUCAUUUUCCACAGAAUGCCUCUGGUCUCGUUCCGAGCCCUCUCCAUCCAUCCUCGUGUUGCCUCGUCAGGGAAUGAGCGCAGCUCCCCCGCUGUCACGGUGCUCAGUGUCUCAUGAACAGCUCUGAUGCUUCCUUUCAGAUGUUUCUUUGUGCACAUGAAGACAGAAGAGCGUACUGCUCUGUGAUUUGCUCUUUUACUUAAUACAAUACAUCCUGGGUAUCUUUUGGUGUCAGUAAACAUACAGCUACCUCUUUUUACAAAAGAUGGCUACGUGAGAUUCCAUCAUGUGGAAAUAACAGGUUAUUUAAACUGUCCCUACAUAUGGGGACUUGGGUUGUUUCUAAUGGUUCUGAUACAAUAAAUGAUGAAGCAUA